UAAUGUUGUUGGCUCCAAAAUUAAACCAAUAAGUCCACCUGGCUCUUUGUGUCCUUUUAUUUUUUUCUAUAUGGUAAAAAAUAGGUCAUGGUGUAUAGGUCAGCUUUCAUAGUGUUUUUGGGAUAUAUCAGAUAUAUUUAGUUGGAAAUUUGAGGAUGAGUGACGAGCUAUUGUAUUGUAGCCAUGUGCAUGUUGAAUUUGUAUGAUGAGAGUAUAUGGGUAUCAUGGAAAAAACUCUCUUGAAGAGUUCUAAUAAUGAACAACAGAAUUGAAUGAAAGAAGAGUGGUUUCGAAGUGGUUCAUGUUCUUUCUUGAAUAAUGGGAUCAAGAAUUCAAGUAUGUUUGCUGGUUAUUUCCGUCCAAAUUUUACUAGUAGCAGCGCAGAUGAAUAAUCUGGACUUUUAUGUCCGAUGCAGUUGCUGCUCUGAACGCUCUCAAAGUAAUCUGGAAGAACACACCACUCAAUUGGGUUGCGUCAGAUCCAUGUGGCAACAGUUGGGAUGGAAUUCAUUGCACCAAUUCACGUGUGACAUCUAUAACAUUAGCCAGUGUGGGAUUGACUGGUCAGCUGUCCGGAGACAUUCAAUGGCUGUCUGAAUUACAGACUUUGGAUCUAUCAGACAACAAAGGUUUGACAGGAUCUCUUCCUCGAUCAAUUGGAAAUUUGACAAAGUUAUCAAACCUAAUGCUGGUUAGUUGCGGUUUCAGUGGUCCAAUUCCAGAGACAAUAGGAUCUCUGCAGCAGCUGAGAGUUUUGUCUCUGUCUUCCAACAGCUUCAGUGGACCAAUUCCACCUUCAAUUGGUAAUCUCUUUAAUCUGUAUUGGCUGGAUCUGACUGGCAAUAAGCUUUCUGGAACGAUCCCUGUCUCUAAUGGGAACACACCUGGUCUGGAUAAGCUGGUUAAAGCAAAGCACUUUCAUUGUGGACGCAAUCAGCUCUCUGGUGAAAUCCCACCUCAGCUUUUCAAUUCAAAUAUGUCUCUGAUACAUGUGAUUUUUGAUAAUAAUACACUCAGUGGCAAGAUUCCUUCAACGAUAGGACAAGUGCGGACUUUGGAGAUAUUGUUCUUGUCGAACAAUCAACUCACUGGCCCUUUGCCUGAUCUUACUGGCUUGAUUUCUCUCAACUACAUGGAUUUAAGCAAUAAUACUUUUGACAAGUCAGAUUUUCCUCCAUGGAUCAAAACCUUACAGUCUUUGGAAACAUUACAACAGAAACGUUGCAGUCAACUAUUAUAUAAUGUUCUCAAUUUUGGAGUGAUGGAAAACACAGAACUUCAAGGUCAAAUUCCAGUUGCCUUCUUCAGCCUUCCACAGUUAAUGAGAGUUGUAUUGAGGAACAACCACCUUAAUGGCACUUUGGAUAUCAGGUCCAGCUAUAGCAACCAACUGCAGCAUAUAGAUUUGCAGAACAAUUCCAUUGACUUUGUGCGGGGAAUGCGAUUUAAGUCUGAGUUAAUACUUGUAGGAAAUCCAGUUUGUGAGAGAAAACAAGGGAUAGAACCAUACUGCAGCAUUCAACCGUCUAAUUCCUCAUAUUCAACACAACCAAAUAAUUGUGUGCCCGUUACCUGCAAAUCAGAUCAAAUAUGCAGCCCCAACUGUAGAUGUGCUCUUCCAUUUAUGGGUUCCCUAAUCUUGGCAGCUCCUGCCUUUGACCUAGAAAACUCAAUUAUCUACAUGUCUCUCGAGAAUUAUCUGAUGAGUUCUUUUCAUUCCCAUCAACUCCCUGUGGAUUCAGUUUCUCUGAGUAAAAUUUCAUAUAAUCCCCCUGUGCUAAGAUUAAAAAUGUUUCCACAUGGUGUAGACUGUUUCAAUCGAACAGGAAUUUCUGAAAUUGGGUUUGUGCUGCACAACCUAACUUCCUAUCCUGGGAAGACUUUUGGACCCUUAGUUUUCAUUGCUGAUCAAUAUGUGUAUUUUGCAGGAUCUACAGACACUAACAAGUCAUUGAGUAGGGUCAUUAUUGGAGCAGCAGUUGGUUGUUCUUUGCUUGUGAUAUUGUCCCUCCUUGCUGGAAUUUAUGCUUUUCAUCAAAAGAGAAGAGCUGAAAUUUCUGAUAAACAGAACAAUCCUUUUGCUUCUUGGGACUCAAAUAAAAGCAAUGGUGGCGUUCCUCAGUUAAAAGGAGCUAGGUGUUUCUCAUUUGAAGAGCUUAAGAAAUACACAAACACUUUCUCGGAAGCCAACUGUAUUGGAUCUGGUGGCUAUGGAAAGGUAUAUAGAGGAACUCUUCCCACUGGGCAACUGGUUGCCAUCAAAAGGGCUAAACAAGGAUCUAUGCAAGGUGGUCUUGAAUUCAAAAGUGAGCUUGAGCUUCUGUCCAGGGUUCAUCAUAAGAACGUUGUCAGCCUUGUGGGUUACUGUUUCGAGCAAGGUGAACAGGUGUUGGUGUAUGAGUAUAUUGCAAAUGGUACACUAAAGGAGAGUCUUUCUGGUACUUGUUUCCUUAUCUUCUCCACCAAUAAAGAUACUGAUGGGAAGUCUGGAAUCAGGCUGGAUUGGAUGAGGCGGCUUCGAAUAGCCCUUGGAGCAGCAAGUGGUUUGCAAUAUCUGCAUGAGCUCGCCAACCCUCCAAUCAUACAUAGGGACAUCAAAUCAAACAAUAUCUUGCUGGAUGAAUACCUGAAUGCAAAAGUUUCAGAUUUUGGUCUGUCCAAGAGUCUUCUUUACAGCGAAAAUUAUCAUAUUUCCACUCAAGUCAAGGGGACAAUGGGCUACUUGGAUCCUGAAUAUUGCAUGACCCAACAGUUGACUGAGAAGAGUGACGUUUAUGCCUUUGGAGUGCUAAUGAUUGAGCUGAUAACUGCGAAACAGCCGAUUGAGAAAGGCAAAUACAUUGUACUAGAGGCGAGGCAAAAAAUGGACAAGGCAAAGGAUCUAUACGAUCUUCAUGAGAUUCUCGAUCCAAACAUUUUGGGCACCGCACUGAAAGGUUUAGAGAAAUUUCUGGAUUUGGCAAUGAGGUGUGUCGAAGAAGAAGGAGCUGCGAGGCCUACAAUGGGUGAGGUGGUAAAAGAGAUUGAGAACAUCAUGCAAAUUGCCGGUUGGAACCCUACUGCUGACUCGGUGUCCACUUCAGUUGGUUUUGAAGGGACUAGCAACCAUCCUUGUAGCGAAGCAAGCCUCAGUAUUUAUAUCAGGGCCUUGGCACGUUAAAAGUUAGUGCCACGGUAAGUCUUAUUGAGCAUUUUCGUGUAGAACAUGUGAGCCUUGUGAUGUUUGUACCAUGUGGGAAGAACCAAACUAUGUAUUGUAAUGAAUUAUUGGCUUUUCUUUCUUUUGUUGGACGGUCUUAGGCUUGUUGCUUGUCUGGUAGACUAUAAAGAAGGGAAGAAGGGAAAAGUGAAACGAAAUCAAAAUACUGAUGUACAAAUUGUGUGUAUAGUAGGCGAAGUCAUGUGAUUUUUCUAUAAAUAAGCUACUAUUUUCUGUUCUAAGCAAUCAUCCCUCAAUUUUCUGCUGUAUUGAGAAAAGAAAAUGUGAUUUACUGAUUCA